AUGUUGUUUCCGUUACGGACUUUACUCCUCAUUCUCUCGGUGUUGCUUCAGGUGCAAUCGACAGCGAUUCCCAAGAGAGACUACGAGCUGAAGAACUACUACAUUUUCGAGAUCGACACCUCGAUUUCACAACAGCCAUUAGCUGACUUCACCAGCAAGUACCGUCUGCACUACAAGUUCGAACACCAGCUUCAAGGUCUUGAUAACCACUAUGUUUUCAGUAUCAACAAAUCGCACCCUCACAACGACUUCUUAGGAAACCACAAGUCCAACGACUUCAACUUGAUGAAGAGAUCUCCGGGGUUUGAAGACGAAUACGACUACUUGGUUUCGAACCCGCACUUGAGAUCAAUUCACCAGUUGAAGCCCAGAACUUUGUCUAAAAGAAUGCCUGUCUUGAUCACAGACGACAAGGAAUACGAAAGAAUAAUAGAUAGCAAACAUGCUAAUACAGAUGCUGCUGGGAAUACUGUAGAUGCCUCGAAGCAGCUUUUGAAGGACGUGUCGGACAGUCUUAGUAUCCGCGAUCCUGGCUUCAUUGAACAGUGGCAUUUGAUCAACACUGCAUAUCCUGGUCACGACGUCAACGUCACAGGCUUGUGGUAUGAAGGUAUAACUGGUACCGGUAUAGUCAGCGCAAUUGUAGACGAUGGUUUGGACGCUGAAAGUGAAGACUUGCGUGCCAACUUCAACGCUAAGGGUUCAUGGGACUUCAAUGACAACACCAACAUCCCGUUGCCGCGCUUGUAUGACGAUCACCACGGCACUAGAUGUGCUGGUGAGAUCGCUGCUGUCAAGAACGAUGUCUGUGGAGUAGGUGUGGCGUAUGAUUCCACAGUAGCCGGUAUCCGGAUCUUGUCUGGACCCAUUACAGCUGCCGAAGAGGCUGCCGCCUUGAUCUACGGCUUGGAUGUCAACGACAUCUACUCUUGUUCCUGGGGUCCAACCGAUGACGGAAGAACGCUUGCGGAACCGGAAACUGUCGUGAAAAAAGCUAUGAUCAAGGGUGUCCAAGAGGGUCGUAAAGAUAAGGGAUCUAUCUAUGUGUUUGCCUCUGGAAACGGUGGCAGAUCAUAUGACUCAUGCAACUACGAUGGAUAUACCAAUUCCAUCUUUUCCAUAACAGUAGGUGCUAUCGACUACAAGGGAAUUCAUCCUGAUUAUGCCGAGGCCUGUUCAGCCGUCAUGGUGGUGACCUAUUCAUCUGGCUCGGGAGAACAUAUCCACACUACUGAUAUCAAGAAGAGAUGUACAGCUAGCCACGGAGGUACAUCUGCAGCUGCACCCUUAGCAGCUGGAAUCUAUGCCUUGGUAUUGCAAGCUAAUCCGAACUUGACAUGGAGGGAUGUCCAGUAUGUAUCUGUGCUAAGUUCGGUUCCCAUCAACCAACAGGAUGGUAACUAUCAAACCACAGCAUUGAAUAGAGAGUACUCUCACAAGUAUGGUUACGGUAAGAUAGACGCUUAUCAGAUGGUACACUUUGCCAAGGACUGGAAGAAUGUAAAGCCUCAGGCGUUCUUCUACUCCGACAUCCAGCUGAAACCUCCCGCUGAUUCUCACAAGAGAGAUGGCAAUAUCAUCCGGAAGAAGAUCACUGUUACUGAAGAGGAUUUGAAGAUUAUGAAUGUAGAAAGAGUAGAACAUGUUACUGUGAAACUCAACAUUAUGGCUACAUUUAGGGGCCGUGUAGGAGUCAGAUUGAUUUCUCCCACUGGUGUGACCAGUGACUUGGCUACUUUCCGCCCUCGUGAUAACUCUGGUGUAGGGUUCAAGGAUUGGACGUUCAUGUCUGUUGCUCAUUGGGGAGAGUCAGGUUUGGGGGACUGGACCAUAGAGGUGUUUGGAGACGAAAAUUCUUCCAAACAGAAGAAUACCAUUGUCUUUGAAAACUGGCAAUUGCGUUUCUUUGGUGAGUCUAUUGAUGCCGACAAAGCUGAAACAUACGAGUUAGAAAAGGACUAUGCUGCUGUUAGAAGAGACAGACUUUCGCAGAACAAUGACAAGCAACCUGAGACAACUUCAGAGACUUUGUCAUCGUCUGAGAGUGUGUCAUCUUCAGAAGUUGGAACCUCAACUGUGUCUACUGAGAGCUCUACAAGUGUAACUAGUACUUCAGACUCUACAACACCUGUAGAAGAGGAUCACAAUGCUGAAAAAGUAACAGAAAGUGUUUCCGCUAGCUCGAGUUCUACCCAAGACGCCGAGGCUACGGAGUCGAGUGGAGCAGAAGAAGAUGAAGACGGCAAGUUGAAAUAUUCCGCAGACCAUACGGGCCAGUAUUUUAUGGCACUUGCUGUUGUCGGCUUUAUAGUCAUCAUUCUUUUCAUGAAGUUCUUCAAGACGCCAGGAAGCGGCAGAAGAAGAAGAAGAGAGGAUUUUGAGUUUGACAUAAUUCCUGGCGAGGACUAUUCUGACAGCGAAGACGACGAAGAUUCUAUGGAAUUUGGACGUAGAAGCGGAAGAAGAGCACCACCAGCACCUUCAUUUAUUCCUAAUGAAGUCGACGAUGAGGACGACGAUCGUGCCAGAGAUAGAGUCUAUGAUGAGUUCAAUAGCGACACAUUGCCCGAGUACGAAGAAGAGAUGUUUAGAAUAGACGACGAGGAUGAGGAC